AUGUGCACCAGCGCCACCCCCCACGUGCGUGUCCCCGCACAAUCUCUGGUCCACGCCGAACAGGGGGAGAAGGCUCCUCCUUCCCCUUCCCCUCUCCCUCCUCGCGCGGCAAGCCCUCCGCCGUGCCGUCCCACCGCCCAUCCCCCGCUGCCGCUUCCUCGGCUCCUCCUCCCCGCCCGCGGCACCGGCCUCCCCCUUCCCCUCCCCGCCCGCACCCGGCCCCGCUCCCCGCCCGGCUCGCUCCUGCCGACGAGCGCCGCGGCCGUCGUGCCGGCCGCGCGCGGCGCUGGGUCCCCCGGCCUCGAGAUCUCCGCUCCGCAGCGAGGCCGGACCACCUCGGGCUGGCCCCUUCCGUCGUCGGCAUUGCUCCACGCCGCGGCGCCCUGGGCGCUCUGGACAUCGGCCACGGCCGAUGACAUGGUGGGCGCGCUCAUGGGCGCCAACUUGUCCGUCUUCAUGCUCUGGCGCGUGCUCGCGCAUCCCAGGUUCAUCACGGAUCCUCACAUGGUUUGGCUGGACAUGUACUUCGGCGGGCGGCUGCACACGCUGCUCACGAGCGCCUCCAGCAACGUGGAUCCCAUGUUCAUGAGGAAACAUUUCAUGAUCUCGCUGGACAAUUUCACGAGUGGGCGUCUGCACACGAUGCUCACCAGUUCUUUCAGCCACAUGAACCUUAAGCACCUCUUCAACAACAUGGUCGGCCUCUACUUCUUCGGCUCAAGCGUAAGACGGACACUCACUCUUGUCACUCUGUCAUCUCUUCUGUUCUGUUGACGAUACAGAAAUGGAACCCAGGUUUGUUUGUCAGGCUGAAAUUGCAUAACUUUGGUUGAUAGGACUGAUUACUGAAUUAGCGUCGCAAUCUCUCAACCGGGGGUGGUCUUGGUUCAAUUCUAUCAGUUAAAUGUAGAAAUUUACUUGCAUUAACUUUGGUUCAUGUACUUGUCGAAGAUCAAUAACGCUUCCUUCAUCUGAAAAAGGAGUGAACUGGCUUUCCUGUAUGUAAUUAUUUGUUAUCUUUCCUGUAUUAGCACUCAGACCAACAUUAUACAUGAUCUAGGAGUUGCUGCAGUAGUAUAUGCUUCUGGAACAUGCCUUUUUGUUGGACUGGAAAUGUGUAAAUGCUGCACCUCUGAUAACUUACAUAUGAACACCGUGGUAACACUGAUCCUUGGGGAAAAUAAUAUUGAAAACAUAUCCCCGAUAAUUUUUGCGUAAAGAUCAUGAUAAUAUAUGCACCGCAUACCCAAUGACAUACGUAUAAACACUGUGGUAACUUUGAACCCGAGGCCAAAAAUUGUUGCAAAAACAUAUCCUUCAGUAGUUUCUGUGUAAAUAGUAUGGUACUAUACACGCCAUAAACUCAAUAACUUAGGUACAAAUACCAUGAUAAUCUUUUUCCCGCGGUAAAAAAGUUGUUAAAAAUAUACCCCCUCUAACUUAUGUGUAAGUACCUUGGUAACAUACACGCCACAUAUCUGAUAACUUACUCAAAAACACCAUGGUAACUUUUCACCCUUGAGGAAAAAAUUGUUGAAAACAUUCAUGGUAACUUUUCCGUGCAAAUAGCAUGAUAACAUACACACCGAUGACGUGAUAAUUUCAUUAGCCUAGGCGUGGUAGCUUUUGACUCUAAAAAAAGUCAUUGGAACAUACCAACAUGAGAUUGAUUUUUGAAGGUCUUAAUCGCGAUGAACUUUUUUAUGCAAAAUUAAAUUUUUGAAUAGGGCCGACAGUUUGAAUUACAAAACAUUUUUAAUUUUCAAAUAUAACCCCGGUAACUUAUAUGAAAAUAACACGAUGAUAUACGAAUGGAAUACCAGAUAAAUUACGUAGAAACACCAUGAUAACUUUGACCAAGGAGGGAAACAAGUUAAAAAACAUACCCCUCGUAACUUAUGUGAAAUAGCACGGUAAUAUACGAACCGCAUAUCCAAUAACUUACGUGCAAACAAUGCGGUAUUUUUUUUACCAAGGGGGGAGUUGUUGAAAAUUAUAACCCCAGUAUCUUAUAUGGACAUAGCACGAUAACUUGCAUACUACAGGCGUGGUAACAUAUGUAGUAGAGGCAUGAUAACUUCUGACCCGAGAAAACUCAUCGGAACAUACCAAUACGGGAUCUAGUUUUGAAGAUCUCGUCGUGACGAAUCUUUUAUGCGAAAACGGUUUCAUUGGACCGAUGGUUUGAGUUACAAAACAUUUAGAAUUUUCGAAAUAAAGAGAUUCUAUGAUGACAUCAGCUUGUUUGCCCUCUAGUGCAUACAUAAAUGUACACGUGAAGAAGCGUGUGAGAACCAUUUUUAUGUCUCGGUAACUUAUGUGAAAAUACCACGAUAACUUACAUACCACAGGUGUGCUAACUUGUGCAGUCCAAGCGUGAUAACUUUUGACCCGGGAAAAAGUUGUCGAAACAUAGCAACAUGGGAUCUAGUUUCGAAGAUCUUAUCGAGAUGAAUCUUUUAUGUGAUAACAGUUUUUGCAUCGGACCGACGGUUUGGGCUACAAAACAUUUUAAAUUUCAGAAUAAAGAGAAUUUAGCAUGAUAUCAUUUUUUUGUCCUCUAGUGCAUGUAUGUAAUUAGAGAGAAAAAUACACGAUGAAAGAAGAGAGUGAGUCAUGCUAAUGCAUGCAUGCAUGUAAUUAGAAGGAAAGAAAGAGGUGUGUGUGGCAGUUUUGCUAUCUGCCACACAUGUGCCAAAUAGUGCGGUCCUAUAUAUAUAUUGCAUUAUUUUCUUUUCCUUUUUUUCUAAAUUACAGUGAGUGGCAACUGGAUACGCAACCCGCAUUAAAUGGUUUGUUUAUGGGCAGCAGGUACAAGUACAACCACUGAAACUCCAAUGACCGCCAGGUACGGCGAGGCAAUCGAUGGAUACGAUCGAGCUGCCCUAUUUUAUAAGGAAAAGGCGUGUUAGUGCACUUUUCUUUUUCCAAAUUAGUAUAUAGUAGUCCUCAGUGGCAAUCGGUAACUUUUUUCUUAAAAGGCUGUCAUGACUAGCUUUGUUAAAAUCAAAUAAUUGUACAUUGUCUACGAGCUUGCUGACCAAGAUGUGAGGGGACGCAUUCAUCCAAACAAAAGGAGUAAAUUGUAUAAAACUACUAUAAUUCGGGUUAGGGUUCCAAAAAAUUACUGAAUUUUUAAUUUUCGUUGAGACCUACCAAAGUCGGGGUUGGCUGUUUCAAAAAACUCAAAUCCUCCGUUGCGAACAUUUUAAACCGGUUUAUGACAGGUAGGACCCGCUCCUAAACAAUCCGUUUGUUGCAGUUUUGUUAGACCGUUAUCUUACAUGUUGGACCCAUGUGUAAGUUAUCUCUUUUUCUGUCUUUUCUUCUCUCCCUCUGCUGCAGCCACGGUGUCGCUGUAGCAGGGCCGGCAAGGCAAGGAGGAGGAGCGACGGCGGCCGGAAACGAGGAGCAGCAGGGUCUGG